GGUAAAGUAGCCGCUCACUAAAUCCAAUUGAUAAGGGGUCUGCAAUUCUGCAUCCUGCAUCCUGCCCAAGAGCUGGACAGACGUUGAGGAAGUUUGUGAACUGCAACGCGAUUUAUAGUUUGUUGUUUAUUAUUUAAAUAUGCUUCGUGAGAUACCAGCAAACGUCCUACCUGCGAGAGGUGCUGCUUCCUCGGAUAAGAAGACGCCUUCUGUGCUUAAGGCCGCGAGCGCCCAAGCACUCCCGAGCAGCGAGAGUGAAGACCUGGAGGACUUCAGCAGUUCUGAUAACGAUGAUCAGCUCCCUGCGCGAGGCGCAGCUGCUUCCAUCCCGAGAGGCAAUCUGCGGCGUUUAGUUCGCCUGGGCGACCGCAACCAGCCCGGUUCAACCCAUCAAGAUGAUCAUGCGCUAGAGGACGAUAUACUUACCGGCCUUACAAAGCUGGGCCUAGGUUCCUCGUCACCAACUACUUCAGCUGUCAAUGAGCAACACGACAGUGGUCGCAAGGCCAAGCCCUCCGCCACAGCGGCUAUCCCUGCUGCAGCCGAAGGAAGCGGCGAAGGCGAUGAAGGGGAUGCGGUUGACGGCGUCGUUGACAGUGAAGAAGGUGCUGAGAGCGAUGAGGGUUACGAGCCCUUUUUCGAGCGACUGGCGCCAGCCGUCAAACCCAAGGGCGCGCCCACCGCACGCGCAUCGGAAGCACCUGGGCCUGGCUCUUUGGUGCUCGGUCAAAAGCAGCAGUACGUUCUGCCGGCGCCAACUGCAAAGAAGCUUUAUCCCCACCAAGUUCAAGGCGUCAAGUGGCUGUUCAACCUUUUUGACAUGCAGCGUGGUGGCAUCUUGGGUGACGACAUGGGCCUGGGCAAGACCAUGCAGUGCUCCGCGUUUCUCGCCGGCCUCUUCAACAGCGGGCUGGUGCGCCGCGCCAUCAUCAUCGCACCCAAGACCCUGCUACCCCAUUGGAUUAAGGAGCUGGGCGUGUGCGGCCUCAAGGGCCUGACGCGAGAGUUCUUCGGCAACUCGGAAUCUGAGCGCACGUCUGCGCUGCGGAGCGUCGUGCGCGGCAGCGGCAUUAUCGUCACCACGUACGGAAUGGUGCAGCACAAUGCAGAGCAGCUGGCAGGGCCAGCGCACAGCCGCGCAGACGAGGACUUCAACUGGGAUGUGAUGUUCCUGGACGAGGGCCACAAGAUCAAGAACCCCAAGAUGAAGCUGGUGGAGCAGCUCCGCAAGCUGCCGGCCCGCGUGCGCGUCAUUAUCAGCGGCACGCCGAUCCAGAACAACCUGAUGGAGAUGCACAGUCUGUUCGACUUCACCACCGAGGGGCUGCUGGGAGACGCCAAGACGUUCAAAAAGAACUACGAGCGCCCCAUCACGAAGGGCCUGGACAAGGAGGCGUGCGCCCGAGAACGGCAGAUGGGCGCUGCCAUUGCGGCGGAGCUGCGGCAGCGGGUGGAGCCAUUCUUCCUGCGCCGUGAGAAGAAGGACGUUCUGCGGGGCGGGGACAACGGCGGCGGCUCCGCUGGCGGCAGCAGCUCAACGGCUGGCAGCGGCGGUGCAGAAGGAGCAGGGCCCAGCGCCGCCGCCUCAGCUGCGCCGGCUGUCGGCCAACGCGCGACAAGCCUACCCCGCAAGAACGACCUGGUGGUGUGGCUGCGGCUGACGCAGCUCCAGCGCAAGAUCUACACGUCCUUCCUGCACACCGACAGCGUGCGCCAGGUCCUCAACGAGAAGGCCUCUCCACUAGCUGCCAUCACCGUCCUCAAGAAGAUCUGCGACCACCCGGCGUUGCUGACGCAGCGCACCGCCAGCAGCGUCAUCACCGGAGCGCACAGGUGGGCAAGCAACGACAACAACAAGGGCGGUUACAAGAGCAACCGCAAGCCUGGUCGGCGGAACUCACUGGAUGACUUCAUCGUUGACGACUCCGACGAGCCCGAGUCAAUCGAGGACUCCGAGGAUGACGACCCUGAAGAAGUCAGCGACAGCGGCAGCGAGAGGCGCACGUCUUCAAAGGACGAGAGCGCCGAGGACGCGCCGAUCGAGUGGCUGGGCGACGGUGAGGCCCUGGCCGGCGAGCUGGCGCGUGAGCUGGAGCGGCGCGGCGCUGACGCCUCCUGCAAGACCGCCUUUGUGCUGGCCCUGCUUGAGCAGCUGCACGCGGAGGGGCACCGUACCCUCAUCUUUAGCCAGUCCAAAGUCAUGCUGAGCAUCCUCGAGGCGGGCGUCAAGACGAUGAAGAUGGCCUACUGCCGAAUCGACGGUGACGUCAGCAGCGCGGAGGAACGGCAGGCGCUCGUGAACCGCUUUCAGACCAACGACAAGAUCCCAGUGUUCCUGCUCACCUCGCAGGUCGGUGGCCUCGGCUUGACCUUGACGGCAGCGGAUCGGGUCAUCAUCGUGGAUCCCGCCUGGAACCCCUCGGUCGACAACCAGAGUGUGGACCGUGCGUACCGACUGGGCCAGACCCGGGACGUGGUGGUGUACCGGCUCAUCACGUGUGGCACGGUGGAGGAGAAGAUCUACCGGAAGCAGGUGUACAAGGGCGGGCUGCUCAAGACCGGCACUGAGGAGGGAAUCCAGUUCAGGUACUUCACCCAGACCGAGCUGCGCGACCUCUUCAGCGUGACCCCGGAGGGCCUGCAGGAGAGCGCCACACAGGUGCAGCUGCACGGGAUGCACGCUCACCAGCGGGACGCGACGGAGGAGCUGCAGCGGCAUCUGGAGCGCGUGAGGCGCAUGGAGAGCGUCGCAGGCAUCCACGACCACAACCUGCUGUUCAGCCAGCGCCCAGAAGAGCCCGUGCCCACCGCACAGGAGGGCGCAGCCAUCCUCAGCCAGAUGCAGAAGGCGGGUCCAAUUGGCGUGGAUGCCCUGACCAACAUGAUGCAGUCGGGCAUGAAGAUCUCCAGUAGCUCCGCCAGCAUGAAGCAGCGGGCAGCAGUGGACCAGGCGCGGCGCAAGGUUGAGGAGCUCGCUACCCGCAUCCAAACCACGCAAGGCACGCUCAAGGCGGCCUUAGCGAUGCGAAUGCCGGACGGUGGGGCCAAGCUCAAGGAGAGCCUGGUAAUCCUGGAGCGGCAGCACCAGGUGGCCGUGGCCGAGCUGAAGGCUCUGGAGGCUGACGGCGCUGUCGCCAGCGACCUUGCGGGAUCGAGCGGUAGCAGCGCGAGUGGUGGCAGUGGCCUCUUCAGCCGUUUUGCCAUGGGUGGCAGCAACAACGCCACAGGUGCAUUUGCUGGUACUAGCAGCAGCAACACCGGAUCCGGCGGUUCAUCUCCAGCUACCUCCAUUUCCAGCGCUGGGGCCUCAGGGCCCGGACAUGGUUUUGUGCAGGCGCCCCUGGCAAGGCCGGCCGGCAGGCUUGGUGGCCUUGGUUUCGGUGCUGGCCUGAUGGCCAGGGCAAAUCGGGGUGGCGGCAGCGGUGCGGCGGGCGCAGCUGGUGGGGAUGGGGCGCCGCGCCCCGUUGCCGGCCUGCAGCAGCCGUCCGGCGAGGCCGGCCGGCAGCGGACGGCGAUUGAGACGACUGGCGGGUCACGUGGCCCGGACGGUAACACGAUUCCGCAAGGUGCUCCGGUCCAGCCUGCGCGUGUGGAGAAGGUAACGGUGGACGACGAGGAAAACUCUUUCUUCUCGGCGGGUAGCCUCGGGGGUCAGGAGGCCUACGAUGACGCUGUCAGCCAGCCGGCGUCAUCACCCAUCGACUUGACGGGAUCACCAGAUCGGUAGCUGGUUAGGUAGGAGGAUACGUCGUACAGUGCGAAUCGUUCAUAUGAGCAGUGGGCAGUGCGCUGAGCGUGGAUGGCAGGAUUUAGCUAUAAGCUGUCUGGUUCUGGUUUGUAGGUAGAGGGUGCGCUCUGCAGGAUUGCAGGAUUGGGUUGCUGUGGAAUUGCAUGUUUCAUGGCCUCGGUAGUACAAUAACUAGUGAGGAUGCAGAGUAGUUACCUUGUGGAGAUGUCUUUUAGUCGUCAGGAGCACACUGAUUUGACCUAGUUUCGUUAGAUGUCGCGGAGCUUCUAGUAGAACCUCGGUAACCGGGGACGUGCGUGACCUCUGCUGAAUUCAGUGCCAUGCAGGUGGGAGCUGUGAGUGACAAGAUGUUCGUGCGCAUUGCGUAUUAAUGUCAGGGGCUGUGCAUCCGGCAGACAUGGGCCCUGUAUGUGCGUACUACUUGAAAGGGGCUUCAUUCGGCCCAAGGGUCGGACCAGUCUUGUGUGAGGGCCAAAGCCCAAACCUAUAAUUUGCCUCACCAAGCGUGUAGGCGGCUGCAUGGUUGGCUACAUGCUAUACUCUUAGCAUGGCGUGUUGAUGCUGGCAAUGUAGGCCUGAGCAGCUUGAACAUGUCGUACAAUGCCGGCUCUUCCCGCACGAGGAAGCGAGGAAAAGCACACUUCCCAAAACACAUUUAUGAACGCUUGUCGUUUUACCAGGAAUUGGACUUGCGGUACGAAGUUGAAGAUCUGGAAAAACAAAUUAAGGCUACCUAAUCGCAGUGUUCGAGACACGUUCACGUUCUUGCAUUUCAGGAUAAACCUCUAGCUUUAUCGGUCCACCGUAACGUAAGAAUUUCCUUGGCUUCCAUAGCUAUCCUUGCAAGUCGUAAUUGGCACUCGCACGGAUUGUUAUACAAUUUUUUGGAUAAUUGGUGCAUAGCCCAUUAUAAUGAUCAUCAGCAAGUUAACAGCUUGCGGCAGCAGACCGGCGACAGUCGGUUGUCGUGGGCGUGCCGGAAGGGCAAUUCUCGUCGUUAAGGCAGCGCAGGCGAAGGAUGGGGAUUUCUUCAGCAACCUGAGGACUGUUGCGAAGAAGGUGCAGGGAGCACUCCCUAUUGUUGGUCUUGUCUCCCGUUUGGCAACGCCUGAAGGUGGCUUCGAUGAGUUGGCCUAUCCAGAGUUCUCCCGUUCUAUGAUAGAUAAAGCGCCUCCCAGCUACCGGCUAGCACAGACGCAGUUGGAGAAGAUGUACGGCAAGCCCGCCAACAGCCGCUGGGUGAUGCUGGUGCUCUGGAUGAGCAAGAUGGGUGUGGGGCUGGUAGCGGCCAAGGACAUCGUAUCCGCAAGCAGGCGCCUGCGCGUGACGCAAGACAUUGAGGUGGAGGUGGAGCGCUUCGAGGCCGCCAAGCAGGCCGUGCUGAAGAAGUACGCGCUGAUGCCGCGGCCGGAGGGGCGGCUGGAGGAGCAAGUCCGGGUGGCGGUGGACGCGCUGUGCACACUGUGCUUAGGCCUCAAGGACGGCGAGGAGGUGCCCGAGGCGGCCGCCCCGCUGCUACGGGACAUCGUGCACGGGGCGUUUCCGGAGGCUGGGGAGGCGCUGGUGGCGUCGACGGUGGCGGACCGCCCCUCACGGGCGCUUGCAUACUCAUGAUACAGUAAUUGAUGAUAGGGCGACAUGGACGUGAGACCCAGUGAGCAUGAGGCUGCUGUUUGCCGUUGUUUUGGAGGGGACGAAGGGUGCGUGGGGAUCUGGGGAAAGGUGCUGGGCGGCCGUGGUGGUUGGGUACCGGUAUGCAGCAGCGAGAUGAGCGGUGGGAAUACUUGGUGACAUGCAGCUGAUACCAGUGGUGCAAGGUCUGCGCGCAUGUCGCUAGCCCACAUACCGGUGGACGUUUUCGGGGGGGGGUACCGUAGACGGGCCAGUACGGGCAUCCGGGCAAGUACUCAGCGGCAAACUGGCCUUUCAGAGGCGAUGGAAGAGCAUGCACGGAGCGCCUCGUUGAGCCUCGGACAUAGCUAACCACACCUCCUAGCAAGCCAAGCCUGGCACAUGUGCACUUACUAACUAUCCUGCUCGGCGUACCCAUUGAGCUCAGCCCUUUUGCUGGAGCUGUGCGUCGGGCAUCCCCGCUUGUAGAUCCCAGGUUCCCA